CAUAGACAAUGACACUGUAGGAGUCGCUUUCAAAUUGUUCCACCACGCUCCUUCACAGACCAUCAAGCCACGCGCUGCUCAAACCAAACCGAAAAACAGUUCGAAUUAGGGUUUUUAACUAUUUGGUUUCUGGAGCUUGUCAUUGACCUUGUUAAUGGCUAUGUUUGCGGGAAAUCUGGCAUCCAAUAUUUCUUUUCAUAUUCAAUCUCGCGUCUUCUAUAUUCCGUGGGUAAAGAGAAGUCCAGCAAUUCUAUAUUUGAAAAGCAGAGAUAAUAGUAGCUCUUCACUUCCUAUUAGAUAUGUUCCUAAGCAAUCUCCAAAAGUUAAUGAACUUGAGAAAUCUUUGCCUGUAAAGGGUUAUGAAAAAAGUAUUAAUGGAGUUGGAAGAACCUUUGUUUCUGGUGCGAAGGCUCAAAACAAAAGGCACAAGGAGAGUGUUGUAUUUGAUGAUGCAAAAGAAGUGUUUUCAGGGUUAGAACAGGAAUUCAAUAAUGUGGAGAUGAUACAAACUGAACUCAUGGAAGAACCUAGGGAUGAGGAGUCAGGGAUUCAAAAUUCAAGGGAUAGUACUAAAAAGAAUGCGCAAGCGGGUAAAACUAUGCUAGAUGCUGAGAAGAUGGCUAUUGGAUUUCUCGCUAAAAGAGCCUUUACAGCAGUUGAGCUGAGGAAGAAGCUACAAGCAAAGAGAUUUCCUCCUUAUACUGUGGAGUCACUGUUAACUGAUUUCCAGAGCAGGGGGUUGAUCAAUGAUAGCUUGUAUGCAGAAACAUUUUCUCGAUCUAGAUGGUCUUCCUUAAGCUGGGGACCCAGGCGGAUCAAACAAGCAUUAUUCAAGAAGGGAGUGAGUGAAGCAGAUGCAGAGAAGGGAAUAAAACUUGUCUUUGAGGAUGAUAAAUGUGUGGCUCGAGAAUCAAAACUUGGCAUGUCAAAGAUUUCUAUGGAUCAUCUAUUGGUUCAGGCUUCAAAACUGUGGCUUCGAGGUCAGGAUGUUCCCGAAGAGACACGUAAAUCAAGAAUCAUUCGAUGGCUUCAGUACCGUGGUUUCAACUGGGGAGUUAUUAGCUUCGUAUUGAAAAAAUUAGAAUCUCAAAAUUCUUCUUAGAGCAUGAUAAGGAUCUCCCCUGAUGCGAUGCAGCACAAGGAAUGUGGACAUUCUCAGUUUUUGGCUAAUGGUCCUGUCACUAGAAUUAUGAAUUGCUCAACUUGGAGUAGUUGCUGUCUCCAUUAACAACACACUGCUGUGGCCAAAAAAUUGGCCACUUCACUCAUUCACUGUGUUGAAUUUCCUCUUGCGUCAUCGUACCCCAGUGCUAUCUAAUCUUAUGCAGAAACAAAGUCCAUUCCAGUGCUAUCUAAUCUUAUGCAGAAACAAAGUCCAUUCCAAUGGGAAAACAUCUCCAAGACAAAGCAUUAAGUGGUACAACUAGAUCUUCAUGAUCGCUAUUAUUUUUACCGGUAAUGGAAGUGUUCAUGCAUCGAGCUAGUGCAAGUAUUUCAACCAAGAUCUGAUUUCUACUCAAGAUAAUCAAAUAUUCGGUUGGUGACAAUAUUUCGAUUGGAGCUUUUUCUUGUUGAUUUGAUUAGGUAUCAACUCUUUGGGUCUUGAUAAAAUUUAGCAAAAUUAUUGUACUUUAUUGUACUAAAUCACUAUCCAAUGGCUGCCAAGGGAUACAAUUAUUAGGAACUUUAACACAUGAUUAAUAAUCUAUUUAGCAUCUUGACAAACCCUAAA